AUGACGAAACCCUCACUUUCGCCAGCACAAUGGCCUCGAACAUGCCGUUCUCUUAAUCCAAUCGUACAAGGCGUGCGCAAUCCGAGGCUGGGAGCCCGCGCAGCUCCCGCCAUCCACGAUGUGACCGCACCUGCGACACCGAAACGACCAUUCCAUACUACCCAGCCUUGGUCGCUCAGACCCCUCUCAAAAUUACCCACUACUUCCCACAAAGCCAAUGAAUUAUCACAAGCAAUGAUACUAGAAAACAAGCAAGGCAUACCUCUGGACCGUGAUGGGUUUUUUCGUCUACGUUUAAAACCGGAGAAACUUCGACACCUGGAUGAAGACGAAUUCAAGCGAUUGUAUGAAGCUGCCGCUGAACUUUUGCCCCCUCAAGUUGACCUGACUACGUUUACACGCGUGGCCGAACGACUGGUCAAGGCUGCUGGGUCUAUUGACUGCAGCGCGGCAGCCAUUCAGAGUAUCUCUGUAGACGUUGACGCUGUCUAUCGAAUCGGGUACGUUGUCGCCAGAUCUUCUCCCGGCUUCCAGGAAUAUGUCCAGAGUGCUUGUGCGAGAGCCGGGUCCCGCCGAGCCCUUGUUGCUCUUGUGUCCAGAUACCUUCGUCUGGACGGCGUUGAUAUUCACCGAAACAACGAGUGGAUCACGCGGCUCCAGGAGCUAGCUCUCAAGGAAGAUUUCCCUCCCGCGAUUCUGGUCUGGGCAGAGCUUUUGACCUGGCGUGGUCAGACCCAAGAAGCCACCGAAAUCUUAGAAGAGAAAAUCUUACCCUGGAUGGGACUGUCUCCUCUCCCCUGGCGACUCUAUGCUCUUGCCAACGCCGACGACCCGGAGAAAGUGAAAGAUGCCAUGACUCGCGCGGCCUUGGACUUCGGCGAGCCCAUUGCUUUGACCGAGCUGGCGAUCAGUGCGCUCACCAGCCAGCCAGGCGGACCAGAGGACGCAUUCGCAGACAUAGACAACGAGCAGGCAUGGCAGGAAUACCAAAAGUACGAACAGUACAUGACCAUGGCUGCCACGGCCGGCUACGAUCCAGCUUGCUUCUAUAUUGCCAACUGGUACUACCACAUAUCCAAAGGCUGGCUCCCCAACCCCGAAAAGCGGACGCGUCUCUUGCAGGAGAGGGCGUGGGGGAUCUCACAGCCGUCGGAUUGGGACGACCCCUGGAAGAAAUACAACCCAUACAUGCGCAUGACGCAGUUACUGUCCCAUUUGAAUAAACCCAUGGAGCCCGAUGAAUACCACCUGCUCUCGAUUAGCUGGCAUCAACUUGCCAUGUUAAAAAAGAAUAACAAGUCAUCUCCCCUCAUUCUGGCAUUAUUGUUCCGCGAAAGCGGCUACUUCAAGGAUGGCCUUAAGAUGUUCCAUGGAGCUCUUAAGACGGGCUUUCCAGAUUUCCUGCCGAGGAAGGGAUUACUCGAGUUGGAUAAAAAUUGGUUCAAUCCGAAAUAUGAUCCGCCUAUGAAGCAGAUCGCUAAAAAGCUGAUGCCGAUUGGUUAG